CUUUCCAGACAAAACAUGCAGGGCCUCUUUUAACAUUGCAACUAGUGGGGUUUCUGCCCCAGUAGGCCCUUCAUCUGGCCCAGUAGUGAAGCAAAAAAAUCUAAUUUUGCCCCAGUAGUUAGGGGCCCUUUUCACAUUAUGUACCAUGAUUUGUUUUGUUGUUUUCAUUUCCAUUGUUCUUUCAACUUUGUGCAAGGGUCUGCGACUGGGACAAGUUUCUCCCGUCUCUUCUCUCGAAGCUUUGACUGCCCUCAAGAGCCUCAGUUUCGCCUUUUGAUCUCGAUUACCAGGAAUUGGUCAAUUCAAUUCAAUCUGCGAGCCUGGUACACAUGCCACUCAAGCACGUGCUUUUAAUAUUUUUAUUUUCGAUCUACCUAUCUCAAAUGACCUAUAUCUAAUCUCGUAAUUUCAAAAUGAAGAAAAAAGAGAAGAGUGGACACCAAAAGCGACUCGAAAGCAAGAAAAGAGCUUUGAAGGAAUGUGCCUCAGCUGUGGGUCAGAAGUCGAUUUUCUCAAUGUUUGGAAAGAAGGAUAGCGACACUGUUGAGGUUGAAAAUACAGCAGAAGUACUAGAGGAAGGCCUACUACAUGAUGAAUCCUCGCCACCCCCCAGCAAAGUGGCAAAGAGUGACACUACAAAUGUUACAACUGAAAAUGCAAAACAACAAGAUGAAUUUGGAACUCACUGGUACAAAGGAAAGAAAUUAGACUUAAACUGGCUUAUUAUGUCUGAGAGCUGUCUUGAAGUUAGAUAUGAAAGAAAAGACAAAAGGCAAAGGCCUAUCAUGAAAUGCCUUGUUUGUAACCAGCUUGAAAUGCAUGUUAAAAGGUUCACCGUCAAUGGUCGAAUACCUGUGGCUCAAGGAAUUCGUGUUGAUGGUAAGGACAGGCUUCGUUUGAUAGUUGACCAUUUAUGUUCUGCUGCCCAUGAAGAGGCAUUACGACUCAAAAAGCUUGAUGAUGCUUGGAAGGAUAUGUCAGAUGCCCAUCCCUGGGUACGAAUAGUGAAGAAAUGUAAAGCUGAGACCUUACAAUUGCUUCUAAAACUUGCAGUUGAUGUAUACAAUGACUGCAGAGUAGAAACUGUCAGUGCAUGGAGCUGGGCAUCAAGAUCUUUGUCUGGUGAUCAUAGCAACAAUUUGUUGCACAUAUUUAGAGAUAAUGGAUGGGAUGCUGAUUUUGUUCCUUACAAUCAACCAGGCUCUGCCUACCAUUACAGAGACCCUAUGACAUAUGCUGAAAUGAGAAAAAUUAUCAGUGAACAUGAAAUGAAAAAAGUAGCAGAUUUGUUAAAAGAAUGUGUCUGCUAUUCAGUACAAAUUGAUGGCAGUUCAGACAAACAACAAGUGGAUUCCAAAUUCAUCACUGCAAGAUUUCUCCCACAAAAUGAAGUUUCUGUGAAAACUGUAUUUCUGGGUAUUUCAAGUAGUGACCUUGGGGGUGCAGAUGGUUUGCUUGAUGCACUUACCACUUGUUUAAAGAGUGUGGGAGUUGAUACAGAGAAACUUGUUGGAAUAACUACAGACGGUGAAAAUGCCAACACUGGUAAGAAUGGUGGACUCUGGAAACUUCUAAAGGAUUACACUGGAAAAGAAUUGCUCACUGCAUGGUGCAUAUGCCAUCGCUCUGAUUUGGCUUUGGAGUCUGUACAGUCUGAAGUUCCUGAAUUGUCAUUGUGGAUGACCAAUGUACUUGCUGUUUCCAAAUUUUUCAGACAAUCACCUCACAGAGUAAAGUACCUUCACAAAGAAGAUCCCAAAUGUCUGACAUUUCCUAAGCACUUUGAAGUGCGAUUUGCUGAGCACACUUUGAAUGUGCUGAAGGCAGUGCUAAAUAAUCUUGAAGCAGCAAAGCAAGUGUGGACAAAGAUGUGUUCUGGUGAAAUUCACGCUGAAAAAAUUGAAAAAAGAAUGGCUCAAGGCUUUUUAGAUAAAUGGAAACAUGAUGGUCAACAGUUUUGGUUAACAACUUUGAUGUUUGAUUUGUGCAAAAUAUUUAAGAAUCUCCAGAAAAUUUUUCAAAAGUCACACCUAAUUUUGUUGGAUAUUAUAACUGCAAGAGAUGCUGCAGUUGAGAAUCUCAAAGUGAUGAAUGAAAUACCAAUACCAGGUGGGAGAGAGGAGAAAUGUCGUGGAAACUUCGAAGAAGUUUCUUCUCCAACUAAUUCAAGACAGAAAGGAAACAUAAUGAACAAAUAUGUGACAACAACACACAGGAAUGACAUGGCAGUGAGAACAGAGAUUGUCCAAUCAGCAAUAAAUUUUUUAGAUGAGAGAAUGAACCUUAAAAAUGAUGGAACUUUAAAAAAUUUGAUGAAAAUUUUAGAUGCCAAAUCAUCUACAGAGCUCAUCACAGCAAGCAGAGAUUUAGCCAGUCAACUAUUUGGCCCAGAAAAGAUUGAAGAUUUUGUCUCUGACACAUGUAUGUCAUGGAGGAAGAUAGUUGCCAUUGAAGAUCCUGCUAUUGAAGACAAUGGCACAUUUUACGCAUUGAAAUUAAGAAAAAUGGUGCAAGCAAGCUGUGGUCUUUUGAAAACAUUUCUAGCAUCGUUUUUAACCUUAACCCCACAUAGCAUGGGGACUGAAAGAACAGUCUCUCAUUACAACAAUAUCAAGACCUCAAACAGAGCUUCACUUAGCCAACAGUCAAUAAACAGCAUUAUGCACAUCUCCUUAAAUGGUAAAGGAACAGCCUUUUAUGAUCCAAGAAAUGCAGUUGCUGAAUUUUUGAAGCAAAAAGAGAGGCGUGACAGACAGCCUGACCAAGAAAUAUAUCAGACUAGAAGUUUUAUUAAAAAGUUUUUUCAAAAAGACAAUGGUUGUUUAUAAUUGCUAUUAGUAAUUUUUUCAAAAGUGUGGACCUCAAUUUGAACACUUAAAAUGGUUUUGCAUGUUAAAAUUUCUGUUAUGUCAUAUACAUUUUAUUCAAAGUUAUUAUAACAAUGGCGCUAUUUUUUCUGUGUACUGGCUUGGGCCCCAAACUAAGAUUUUCCCCAGUAGUUGGUUUUGCUUAAAAGAGGCUCUGAAAACAUGAGAUAGUGACUCCGUUUACAAGAAAUAAAUGACCAUGUUUCUAUUCAAGUUUUAUAACUACUGUUUGUUUUGUUUAUGUUUUGAUGUGUUAUUGUUGAUUGUGUACACUAUCGUCUGUCUGUAUGUGAUUUCUGCAUCAUGGCCUAUACACGUGUUCAAAACUCGGGGCAUUUCCUCGCUACGCUUGCAUGGCUAAGAUACCUAGGGUUCACAGGGGUUUGCAAUGAUUGCAACAAAAAUUUCCUUUAUAAAAAAGAUAAUUAUAGAGGUGCAGUAUCGAAAAUUUCUUAAAAUAGGCCCUGAUAAAACCAUCUUCCUAGUUAUUGCGGUGUUGUUGUAAUCUUAUAUGAUGAUUAAUUGUGUUGUGUUAUUUUCAAAAAUGGCGUAAUUCCAGUCUAAUCUCUAGAUACAGGCAGGUUACAACGGUAUGGUGAAAUGCACCCUCGAUUUUCGCUGUAUCUCAACCAGGAAUGGCUUGGGAAGUAAUUUGCAAACGCCCGAAAAAUCUUAAAAAUCCGAUCAAUUUUUGAAAAUAACCGAAGAUCCGAUUUGAGAAUAGCUCGACAAAAAUAUCGUACAACUUUUACGAAAAUCAGUUUUCUUCCGAGAAAAAUCCCCGGAAAAUCCUUAAAAAUCCCACUGUUCUCUAUAAAUUCUCGUACGCUGUUUGGAAAGAGCAUAGAGUAAUAAACCCCUCGGAAAAAUUCAUGUAGCUCAAGAAACUUGGGAAUUAGAAAGAUCAGUUUGGCAAGUGUUUGCCGUCACAUGUAAGAAAUAUCUCGUGUUUUAUACCCCUGAAACUCUGCAAUUUUAGUUACAGGAAAAUCCUCUGGGUUUGCGACCAUAACAACAACAACGGACUGGUCUUAUGGUAACCCAAUGAGGUGUAUAGAAUUCUAUACACCUCAUACACCAAUUCGACUUACGACCUCGUUUUGGAAAUUUCUCCAAACUUAAUUAUACGACUUUUUUAAGCGCAGAUUUAGUUUCAUCGCCAUAAUUUCAGGCGGGAUACCAUUUUUCAUAUUGUUUCAGCUUGUAUUUGAGAUUUUACGGAGAAAUGAAGUUUGAAAAAUUGUAAGGGAUUUGACCGCCAAAAUCGUUCCGGGGGAAACUUUAACCCCCCUAGUCGCCAAUCACGGUCAAAUCCCUUAUAAAGUUU